AUGAAUAGGCGUAUGUGUCGUUAUCCUGUUAGUAUAUUUAUGGUCUCUCUAUCGUUAGUAAACAUCAUCAUACUGGGUGGUCCAGUUAUGAUGCAAUGGUUAAACCAUCGAUUAUUAAUUGGAUUUGUGGUAACGGGUAGCCGUUUUGUAUGUGGUCUACAUGUUUACAUCGAUAUUGUUGGCUCAUCUAUUAAUUCAUGGUUGAUAUUAUUUAUAGCAAUUGAACGUUAUCUAUCAAUAGCAAAACCCUUGUUAAUACGCAAACGAUUUAAGCGUGAACAUGCUUAUAUCAUUAUUUUCAUAAUUGUGUUUCUAGCUGCACUUGUACCCAUCAGUCUUCUUAUGAUUGGCUAUCAUAUACCAAAAUGUUUACUAGUCUAUUCUCGAACGUAUCAAAUAAUUGGCUCGAUUGAAAUAUGUAUUGUUUAUGUAAUACCAUCAAUGUUAAUUUUUAUGCUUAGUUUAAUUAGUAUACGUAAAUUACGUUAUCGUUUAAAAAAUAAUUUAGGGAGACGAAUUCAUAUAAGUGUUCUAUUAAUUAUAGUAUCUUUAUCAUUUACUGCCCUUACGCUGCCAUUUCAAAUUCAUUGGUAUAUCUCUAUUGUACAAUCAUUCAUACCAACAAAUUUUCGUUUAAAUCUUUUCAAUAUCUCAUUUCGAUAUUUAACAUUAACGAUACGAAAUAUGAAUUAUACGUUUAAUUUUUUUCUAUAUUCAAUUGUUUUUCUAAAAGACACGUUUGUUAUAUUACAUUGCGAACAUUUUCAAUCAAAAUUAACAUUCAUAGGAAGAAAAAAAAAGGACAACAGAGGUGAUCAUCACGGCGUUACUGUUUCAUUGAGAGACAUACGCACGAAUGAUUUUUAUGCAUUGUGUAGUGGCAAAGAUGCAAAUGACAGUAAUAAUACUCAUUGUGCACAUUAUUAUCAAUGGAAUUCUGGUAGUGGACAUACAAAACAAAUGAAAAAAAAUUGUAGACUUCAAGUAAUUAAAAAUUAG